AUUGGUUUCGUUCCCGCUGCAUUUUUCCGUUGGUUGCUUCUUUCUGUUUUGGUCAUUAUCUUCGCUGAUUAGUCUGGCAUCAGAAGUCAAUAAAUUGCGCCAAAGGCUGCGUAAGAAAAAUUUAGCCAAGCAACUUCCCGGAGAAUAUGUUCCAUCCUGUGCGGUAAUCAAAAAUGAAUACGGUUAUCAAUCUUAUCGAGAGACAACAUGGAAAUCGUUUUUCGGUAACGUACGAUACAGCUCUAACGCGAUUAUCAGUACACGAGCAUGAUAGUUGGAAAGGUAUCAGUCCUUCGGAACUGACAGCAGAUUUCAAUCCAGCACCGCCAAUUUUAGCGGCAAAAUUUUCGAAAUGUCACGGAAACGAGCAUAUUUUAGCAAUCGCGAAUGAGGACGGAAAAGUUGCUAUACAGGAUACGUCCCGGCCUAAUGUAGAACCGGGAGGGGAGCGUGCACUAGAAGGUGAACAGUGCCACCUUAAUGCGGUGUUCGACGUCGAAUGGAUGCCCGGAGAUAUGAAGCUCGUUUCUGCUUCGGGAGAUCAUACAGCUCGCCUAUGGACAUUAACCGAAUCGAAGCUGGUUAGCAGUCAGGUGUUCAAUGGCCAUUCCCGCUCGGUGAAGACUGCAUCCUUUCGACAAACAGAUCCAGCAAUUUUCGCUACCGGAGGACGAGAUGGUGUAAUAGUUUUAUGGGACAUACGAGCACAGCUCGGAUCCAACUUGGCUCCAAGAGCCGAUAGCUGCAUUUUCAGUGGUCAUGCUGGUGGACCAGGAACACCAUCGGCAUAUCGCAAGAGAACGAGAGCGACACCAAAGAUUCCUCCUGCGGGGUGUAGCAGUUCCAUCACCGGUUUGGCAUUUCAGGAUGAUAAUACUUUGAUCUCCUGUGGUGCUGGAGAUGGAAUUAUUAAAGUUUGGGAUGUCAGGCGACACUAUUCCAGUCACAAUCGGGAUCCAUUGCCAAAGUAUAGUUUUCCGUAUUCUGGAACAACAACUCUCAAAGGGUUCACAAAUUUGCUGAUCGACAACUCCCGGAAACGAUUGUAUGUGAACUGUAUGGACAAUCACAUAUAUUGUUACAACGUUUCAAGCUACGCCCCACAGCCAAUUCAACGCUACGGUGGAUUCAAGAAUGGUACAUUCUAUAUCAAAUCUUAUUUAAGUCCGGAUGGGCAGUAUCUGAUCAGUGGAUCAAGUGACGAGAAGAGCUACAUCUGGAAUGUAGAUAGUGCGAAUCCUCUGGUUCGGUUGAAUGGUCAUACAGUAGAAGUAACCAGUGUUGCGUGGAUGCAAAGUCAUAACGAUAUCCGCAUUGUGACGUGCAGUGACGAUGCACGGCACAAAAUUUGGAGAGUCGGACCGGAGCACAUCGAUGCCGAUGAGAAGGAGAGAUACAAAGGUGAUGCGGAAUAUUGCGACAACUAUCGUCAGGAUAUGGCUAAGGUUAGACUGAAAUCGUUAGAAUUCACACCUAGAUCAAUUAGAAGAAUUGUGGAACGGAACGAGAAGACUCCAAACACGAUCGAAAAAAAAGUUGUCGGCAAACGUUCCUUUCUGGAAAUGGCUGGUUUUGACCAACAGGAUCCAUCCACAUCUUACAUCGAGAUUAAGAGACCGAAUAUCGAAACACGUGGACGACGGCUUUUUAGUCCUGCCAAUACCAAUAGCAAAUUUUCAGGUUUUGCUGCUCUUGAAAUUGCAACUAAUUCAUCGACUUCUCGAAGUCUCAACACAAUACUGGAGGAAAGUGACGACAAAUCAUCGUCGAGCUGUAAGUCGCCUCUUACGUUGUCCGAUUUGAAUCUUAAAUCACCGGAUUCAAUGUUAUCCAAACUAAGCAGUGGAUUGUCCUCACCAACCAUUAAUCUUCCUAACUUCGUAAUCGACGGAGAUGCUCCUCACUUAGUGAAUGUGAAUAGCAGUUGCAGCAAUAAACGAAAGCUAAAGGAAAACGUCGAUUGGUUGACGAAAAUUCGAAAGCAAAAAUUGAUGCAAGCUGCCAAAUCCAUUGAGUCAACAACAUCCGUUACGGAAGACGUUAGUAUAUUGCUGUCACCUCGGCUGCAGAUGCUAAAGACAUCGGACGAGAAUCCUUCGACCAGUCAACAACCUUGCACUCCCCGUCGAAGAGCUUCACGUUGCGGGUCGAUCGAUGGCACACAGCAACCGAGAACUCCCCGUAGCAGGCGCAACUCCGUGAAUGGUCAAGGUUCCAGUACACCCGAGACGUCGAUAUUGAAAUUUUUUACGGUUACGACACCGACUGGCAAUAAUGUUAGCAACAGUCGGUCAAAUCUUUGAACUUUAUAAAUGACCUUUUGAAGCUUUUAUAGUACUUCUGCUCUUAGUUUGGUGGUUAGCUAGAAAAGAUUGCUAUGGAUAUAUACGUAUUCCUACUUAGUUCGAACUACUAACAUUUUUUUUGUAGGAACGGACAGCUUGACCGUUCUUCUCCCAAUAAUAUCCUUACUUCCAAAAGUGCUCUCUCUAUCAGAAUUAGAGAAGAGCCGUUUGGAGUACAUCUUGACUGAUUAACUUUGUUUACAUUUUAUGAUUUUACAUGGAUUGAUUACAGAUUAAAAAAAAUUCAAAGCAGACACGCUUUUGCUACGGAUGCAAUAAAAUGUCACUUUGUGUAUAUAAGGAUUGAAUAAGUUUUGACCAAAAAGAGAAUAUAAAUGAUGUCGUUUGAUUAUUAUAUGUUG